UUCAGACAGUCUGUUUUUGCUGCAGUGAACGGUAACCGUGGAGAGGCAGAGAUAGCCUACAAACAGUGGGGAAAGAGCGAAGGAACAAAGCAGGAGAAACUAGAAGAAGCUGGGAGAUUAUUCCAAGAAAAUAAAAAGAGAGAAGGCACAGCGGUGGGGGAGAGAAAAAAAAAAUUAAAGAAAGCUGCGCAUCAGAAGGAGAGUCAUUAUUGGAAGGGACCUUACUGGAAACCAGCAACAGAACCGGACUCCGGAGGAGGAAUAUAACGGAGACACUCCAGAGCCCCUCUGCCCUCCUGAGCUUUCAGUGAGACAGGCGGAUCUGCGUGCCGGACCAUGGCCUUCCCAUCAGCCCCUUCUGCUCUAUGGAUUGUCAGCUUAUUGACUGCACUAUUCGCAGCUGCGGUUCACAGCAACAUUGUCAGUGAUGAAGACCCGCUGCAGCCCAUGACCUCGGAUGAGACAGUGUCCGUCGGCGGCAUGGUGACGUUGACCUGCCGAGUGGCAGAGACCGACAACUCCUCGCUGCAGUGGUCCAACACCGCACAACAGACUCUGUACUUCGGAGAGAAGAGAGCCCUGAGAGAUAACCGCAUCCAGCUGCACCGCUCGACUCCCACGGAGCUUUCCAUCAACAUCUCCGACGUGCAGCUGUCUGACGAGGGCGAGUACACCUGCUCCAUCUUCACCAUGCCGGUGCGCACGGCCCGGGCCACCGUCACCGUUCUAGGUGUGCCCGGUACGCCUCAGAUCUCUGGCUUUGAAGAACCAGUGCCAGAGGGCAAAAAAGUCACCCUCACCUGCACCAGCACGGGCAGCAAGCCCCCUGCCAAGCUGCGCUGGUACAAAGGAGACGUCGAGGUGCAAGGGCGCCCUGACGUGGUGGAGUCCGUUCCAGAUGACCCCACCUACAACGUCAGCAGCGAGCUCACCCUGGAAGUGACCGCUAAUGACGAUAACACCAAAAUCUCCUGCGUCGUCGACCACGACUCUGUGAAACAUGGGGAGAAGAGGAGUGAGCAGUCUCUGCGGGUGUUGUAUGCCCCUGAAGUAGCGAUCACCCCUGAGGAGAGGAUGGCGAUAGAGGGGCAGAGGUUUUCUCUGCAGUGUUCAGGAAAAGGCAACCCUGAGCCCACCAGCUACUUCUGGGAGAAGGCGGAGGGAGAGCUCCCCCAACUGGCCAAAGCCGACGGUGCUUUCUUGUCCUUUUCAAUGCUCAACAAAUCAGAUAACGGCAUGUACAUCUGCCAUGCUGCCAACGACAUUGGAAAAGGCAGAGGGAGCUACACACUUCAGGUGCAAGACGACCCCGACUCCUCAAACGCAGUUACCCCCACGUUUUUCCCCACUUCCGUCUCUCCCUCCUCCCCACCUGACGUCUUCCAAGGCUCAGGGUCAGACUUCAGUGACUUCAUCUCCACCUUUUCCCCUGACUCCUCCCCCUCGACGGCUGUGAUCUCAACCACCGUCCCGCCAUCUUCCACCACCACCACCCUCUCCAACGCCCUUUUCCCUGACCUGCCCUUUUCCCCUGACUCCUCCCCUCUCAUCCCUCCAUCCCCUGCGACUCCCUCCCUCUCAUCCCCCACCCCCUCAGUUUCCGUCCAGACGAACGGAGUUUACACUUUCACAGAUGAUGCACGCAACUCGACAGACACGACAGCCAUGUCGACAUCUUCGGGCGUGGACCACGCUGUGAUCGGAGGGGUGGUGGCUGUUAUCGUCUUCAUCCUGCUUUGCCUCCUCAUCGUCCUCGGCAGAUACCUCAUCAGACACAAAGGAACGUAUCUGACCCACGAGGCCAAGGGUUCCGACGACGCCCCUGACGCCGACACGGCCAUCAUCAACGCCGAGGGAGGUCACUCCGGAGCCGAAGAGAAGAAGGAGUACUUCAUCUAGAUGGGUGGGGGGGACAGAGUGGUGGUGGGGGGGAGAGAAAGCGAGGAGGAAGAGGAGGAAGAGGAGGAUCCAGCUGGAGGAGAGAGGAAAGGGAAAACCUCCAUUUGUUUUCACAACAGCUUCAGUUCUUUACUCUGUUGAAGGGAUGUUGGCAAGAGAAGGGAGGUAAAGAACUGUGGGCGGAGCUUCAACUACCCUCUUUGCAUUGAUACAGGGAAGUGAGAUCUUUUGCACUGACAUUCGGAUGAACUGAAGUUACACACACAUGCAAACACACGCGCACACACACAUGAUUCAGUUCUUGUUUUCCCGCAGACUUGAACGCUCGUAGAUGCUCAGAUUAACAAAGCCGAGCUUCCUACUAACACAUCCUGAUCCAUUAUCACACACAUCCUCUCACAAGCAUCCCUUUUUUCAACUGUCGGCGCAGUGAAAAAGCUCAAUUGUAAACCACAUUCUGACAUCGUCACGACCUCGUUCCUCCUCCACAGCGCAGCCCACAGCGGGUCUGCCCCCUUCACGUUCCUGUCCUCAUGCUCUCCAUCACAACAAGGCAGAGUCCAUCCUUAAACUUGCUUAGUGUAGACAAAAUUAUUGAUUGGAAAACUUCAUCUCCUUCCGUCUUUUUUUAAUCUUUCUAUGCCAUCAAACCGCUUCCUGCGGACGUUCAGAUUUUUUCACAACGCACCACCACAAAAACUUGCAAAAACAGCAUUCCCACCUUGUGCUGCCAAGCCCAGGGCCUCCAGUAUACAUAUAUAAAUAUAUAUAAAUAUAUAAAUAUAGAGUUAUAUAGCAUUCUUUUUACUUGACAGAAAACAUUCGGUGUGUUGUAAAUACACUUUCUGUUCUGUUAUUUUCCUGCAUUCUGUCACUCUUCGGCGCCCCCUAUCCUCUCUCAUGCAGCCCGUUACUGCAUCACAACAACUUAUAUACUCAAAAAUAAAAUAGAAAAAAAAAAGCCUGCCUGUUUUUAUUACUUGCGUAAAAAUUCAGAGUCAAAACGAUCAUUAUCUUUGGACUAAAAAAAAAACAUGUAACAACCAUGAUGUUGCAAUGAAAACUAACCUUAACUGCAAAUAUUUGUACAAAGAAUGUUUUUCCUAUUGGUUUGUUUGUGUUUUCUAAAUUUCUUUCUGGAUUUUCUUAGGGAGAUUUUGUGUUUCCUGUCAGCGUCUUGUUGUGUUACCGUCAGUGUUAAGAGUUUACAGUGUCUGCUGGUUUGUCAGUUCAACAGUCUUUUUGUUUGGGCAUUUCUUUGCUUCUUUUGUCGUGCCCUGCUCCGUGGCGACACUUUCACUUGUCAGACCUUCAGCUCUAAGUCUGAGUUAAACAUUCAAAAUGAGUUUAAUAGAGUUUCCUUCUUGUCUUUCAUGUAGUUUCCCUUCAAACUCAGCCUGCUGAACCUAACUUUCACCUUCAGAUCGCCUUUCUUGGCAAAGUCAUCUGGCUCUGAGUCCGCUGAGUCGGGGCUUCACUGGCUUUCUCUAAGAACCUGCCAUGUUUGCUGCUCCGGGGUUGAGAAAAUGCUCACAGGACCUAACAGGACUGUCUACAUGCAUUAUAACCAAGUUCCUGGAAGAAAAGGGAGGGGGAAAAAAAAUCUCUUCCCGCUAUGGUUUUCUUGUGUGAGCAGGACUCGUUGGCCAGCUUAGCGAAAGCUUCCCAUAAACGAACGCUGCUUUAUUAAGGUUGAGACUUGGCCUUGGCAGUAGCAAGCCCCACUUGGCCCAGGCAUGGAAAUUGAUUGCAAUCUAACUAAGAGGCUCUGGCUGCAGGUUGUACACAUGCCAAGGCUCUGUUUGGCCAGACGAGGGUUUCAGGCUGCUCUAAUACUCAAGAAAGUCAUUUAGGGAACCUAAUGUCCUCUUCUACUUUUCUCCUUCUCCCUCCACUCGUCUAUUUCUUUUCAUACUUUAAUCAAUCAAGCUGUCUGUGUCCUGAUCCACCUUCACCCUGUCUCCCCUCCUCUCGUUGCUCCUUCCUUCCCCUCCCCUCCAUCUCCGAUACAUGUCCAGAAUCUCCUUGCCCGUCUUUAGCUCAGUGAGGAGCCUGUGUAGACGGAGCUGUGUGAGCUGAGAGCUCUCUGUAGGAGAUGAAUCACGGAUCCGUUUUACAACCUUCACUACAAAAAAA